AUGGCCAUGGUGGCCGGCGCUUGGGGCGAGCCGAACGGUGGCGGAGCCGGUGGCACCGGGGGCGGCGGCGGCGGCGGCGCGGAGGAGGCGGCGUCCCCCGGCGGCGGCGGCAGCGACGCGGAGCACGGCGAGGAGGAGCGGCCCGGGGCCGGCGCGGACUGCGUGGUGUGCGGGGACAAAUCCAGCGGGAAGCACUACGGCGUGUUCACCUGCGAGGGCUGCAAGAGCUUCUUCAAGCGCAGCAUCCGCAGGAACCUCAGCUACACCUGCAGGUCCAACCGGGACUGCCAGAUUGACCAACACCACCGGAACCAGUGCCAGUACUGCCGCCUCAAGAAGUGCUUCCGAGUGGGCAUGAGGAAGGAAGCUGUGCAGCGGGGCCGAAUCCCCCCCAGCCACUCCAGCAGCAGCCCCAACCCCCUCCCAGCCGGCGACUUCUUCAACGGGCAGCCGGUGUCGGAGCUGAUCUCACAGCUGCUGCGCGCCGAGCCCUACCCGGCGGCGCGCUACGGCUCGCAGUACGCGCAGCAGCAGCAGCCGCCGGGCAGCGUCAUGGGCAUCGACAACAUCUGCGAGCUGGCCGCCCGCCUGCUCUUCAGCACGGUGGAGUGGGCGCGAAACAUCCCCUUCUUCCCCGAGCUGCCCGUGUCCGACCAGGUGGCCCUGCUGCGGCUGAGCUGGAGCGAGCUGUUCGUGCUGAACGCGGCGCAGUCGGCGCUGCCGCUGCACAUGGCGCCGCUGCUGGCAGCCGCCGGCUUCCACGCCUCGCCCAUGUCGGCAGAGAGGGUGGUGGCCUUCAUGGAUCAGAUCCGGGUCUUCCAGGAGCAGGUGGAAAAGCUCAACCGGCUGCAGGUGGACUCGGCUGAGUACAGCUGCCUCAAGGCCAUCGCGCUCUUUACGCCUGAUGCCUGCGGGCUGUCGGACCCGGCGCACGUGGAGACGCUGCAGGAGAAGGCGCAGGUGGCGCUGACCGAGUAUGAGCGCUCGCAGUUCCCGUCGCAGCCGCAGCGCUUCGGGCGGCUCCUGCUGCGGCUGCCCGCGCUGCGCGCCGUGCCCGCCGCCCUCAUCUCACAGCUCUUCUUCAUGCGCCUGGUGGGCAAGACGCCCAUCGAGACCCUGAUCCGCGACAUGCUGCUGUCCGGCAGCACCUUCAACUGGCCCUACGGCGCCGGGCAGUAGGGACGGAUGGACGCAUGGACACACAGACGGAUGGCAGGAUGGAUGGAUGGACGCAUGGACAGAUGGGCAGUGGGACGGAUGGAUGGACAGUGGGACGGAUGGACAGUGCGACAAGUCGGACAGAUGGACAGAUGGACAGCGGGAUGGGCCGGAGAACAAGAUGGACCCGAAAAUGGGAUGGGCCAGAUAAUGGAACAGGCUGGACAGUGAGAUGGGCUGGACAAUGGGAUGGGAUGGACAACAGGACAGGCCGGAUAAUAGGGAUGGGCCAGACAAUGUGAUGGACCAGACAAUGGGACGGGCUGGACAAUGUGAUGGACGGACAACGGGACAGGCUGGACAAUGGGACGGGCUGGACAAUGGGAUGGGCUGGAAAAUGGGAUGGGCCAGACAACAGGACAGGCCGGACAACGGGAUGGGCCAGAUAAUAGGGACAGGCUGGACAGUGAGAUGGGCCAGACAAUGGGCCGGACAGACAGCAGGAUGGGCCUGACAGUGGAAUGGGCCAGAGAACAGGACGGACACUCCCCAGGAAGGGAACUGGGAUUCUGCACAAUGCCGGCGGCUCCUGGCCCUGCCGGAAUGGGGGUGCACCCUCGCGGGUUGUGCCUGCAGAGUUGUGGGGUUGGCACCAAAGGUUUUGGGGUCCUGGCAUUGUCACAGGAAUUUGUGGGGUUCCAGCAUUGUCCCAAAAAGUUUUGGGGUAUUGAGGUUGUCCCCAAAAGAGAUCCCAGUGUUGUCCCAAAACGUUUUGGGGUCCCGGCCUUCUCACCAGAAGUUUUGGGGUCGUGGAGUUUUCACCAAAGGUUUUGGGGUCCUGGUGUUGUCUCCAGAAGAGGUCCCAAUGUCAUCCUCAAAUUGUCCCCAAAAUUUUGGGGUCCUGGAAUUGUCCCCAAAAGUUUUGGGGUCCUGGAAGUCCCAAUGUUGUCCUCAAAUUGUCCCUGAAUGUUUUGGAGUCCUGGCAUUGUCCCCAAAGGCUUUGGGGUCCUGGUGUUGUCCCCAAAGACUUUGGGGUCCUGGUGUUGUCCAAAAUGGUUUUAGGGUCCUGGCAUUGUCCCCAAAAGUUUUGGGGUCCUGGUGUUGUCACCAAAGGUUUUGGGGUCCUGACGUUGUCCCCAUAAGUUUUGGGGUCCCGGUGUUGUCUCCAAAAGAGCUCCUAGUGUUGUCCCAAAUAGUUCUGGGGCCCUGGCCUUGUCCCCAGGGUCUUCCCAAAGAUGGAGGGGACACACAAGGAACACAGACCCCCCCCCCCCCCGAGACUGUCGUCCCCGGCUGGCACCAGGAUGAGCCAGGAUUUCGGACUUCAGGAUUUGGGAUUUUGGGAUUCUGGGACCAUACCCGGCCGAUGGAAUCCUCACUCCGCCAUAUAAACUCAUUAAUUAAUGCCAAUUAAAGAUGUUUCCUACAACUCCGGCGGUCUGGAAUGAGCCAACAUUUGGGAUUUUGGGAUUUGGGAUUUCAGUAUUUUGGGAUUUGGAAUUUCAGGAUUUUGGGAUUCCAGGACCAUUCACCGAUUGGAAUCCUCACUCCACCAUAUAAACCCGUUAACUAACACCAAUUAAAGACAUUUCCUACAA